AUGCUGCGGCGAUCGCUCUCGAAUUUCAUGAACGCCUUUACGUCGUCCGAUCACACUUCUUAUCCGUUCGCAACGACCAAUCGCCAAGAUUUUAAGAACCUGUUAUCCGUAUAUCUGGAUGCGACAUUGCAUCCGUUAUUGAAAGAGAAUGAUUUUCUACAAGAGGGCUGGAGGAUUGGGCCUGAGAAUCCUCAGGCAAGAAAUUCCGAUGAGAAGGCCGAAAGCACGGAUUCUGCGCUUGUCUUUAAAGGAGUGGUAUACAAUGAGAUGAAGGGACAGAUGUCUGAUGCUAGCUAUUUGUACUACACUCGAUUUCAAGAUCACAUUUGCCCUGCAAUCAACAAUUCUGGGGGCGACCCUCAAAAGAUGACCGAUCUUACGUAUGACAAACUCAGAGAGUUUCAUGCGUCGCACUAUCAUCCAAGCAACGCAAAGCUUUUCACCUAUGGAAACAUCCCAGUCGCAGAUCAUGCGAAAUGUAUCGAUCGGCAUUUGAGCACGUUCAACAAUACGUCAGUUGAUGCAUCUAUCAAGUCGCCCAUUAGUUUAGAGGAAGGUCCGAUAUUUUGUACCGUCAAAGGGCCAAUAGACUCCAUGCUUGAUCCUCUGAUGCAGUACAAGACAUCUACUUCAUGGGUUCUAGGAGACACUUCCAAUGUCUUGGAGACGUUCUCUCUCAACAUAAUUUCUUCCCUCCUUCUGGGCGGUUAUGGAUCACCACUCUAUCAAGCUCUCAUUGAGGGCGGCCUGGGUCCAGACUUCACGCCUAACACUGGUUUCGAUGGAUCAUCGAAGGUAGGUAUCUUUUCUGUUGGUCUGAAUGGAGUUCGACAAGAAGACGUUUCCAAGGUCAAGGCCGUGUUGCAGGACAAGCUGCGCGAGGUUCAUAACAACGGUUUCAAUUUGGAAAAAGUAGAAGGUAUACUUCACCAGCUUGAGCUUUCGUUGAAGCACAAAGCAGCAGAUUUUGGCAUGAGCCUGAUGCAGCGUUUGGAACCUGGGUGGUUCAAUGGCAUUGACCCAUUUGAUGCAAUUGCUUGGAAUGAUACUGUGCACGCUUUCAAGCGUAAGCUCUCUGAGGGUGGCUACUUGGAAAGUUUGGUGGAAAAGUAUCUGCUCAAUGAUAACACUCUUACUUUCACGAUGGAGCCAUCAGAGGAUUUUGCUGCUAGGCUUGUCCAGGAGGAAAAUGCACGACUAGCAUCAAAGAUUUCCGCAGUUGUAAAGAAUUCCAGCAACAGUGCUGAUGCCACAAAGCUAUUGGAACGGCAGGAGUUACAGCUUCUCGAAGAGCAAGCUAAAGCCCCUGAUGAAGAUCUAAGCUCCCUACCUACCUUACAUGUUAGUGACAUUUCGCGUUCAAUGGAUCGAAAGCAAAUUCGAGACAUUGCCAAAGGACCCGUCCAAGUACAGUGGCGAGAGACAAGCACAAAUGGGCUCACGUACCUUCGGGCUAUUCAUCGGUUUGAUGAUCUUCCAACAGACCUUCGUAUGCUUCUUCCUUUAUUCACUAGCGCGGUAAUGCGGCUAGGUAACAAGAACAAAAGCAUGGAACAGCUCGAGGAUAUGAUAAAGCUCAAGACCGGCGGUAUAAGUAUUGGUUACCACACAUCGCCUGCCCCAACUGACAAGUUCUCAUCUACAGAGGGCCUGUCAUUUUCGGGGUAUGCAAUAGACAAUAACAUACCAGACAUGCUCGAAUUACUACGAACUGUCUUACUCGAGACUAAUUUCGAUGGACCACAAGCUGAGAGUAAGGUCCGACAAUUGCUUCAGUCGGAUGCCAGUGGCGCUCUGGAUAAUAUUGCCGGCUCCGGCCACUCGUAUGCUCGUCUCUACGCGGAGGCAGGCCUAUCGAUGAAUGGUUUGCACAAUGAACAAAUUGGGGGCUUGACGCAGGCUCAACAUGUAUUAGACCUGUCUUCUCGAGCAGAAUCCGAGGGUCUUGGGGAUGUGAUUGAAAAACUCAGAACAAUCCAGAAUUUGGCCAUUUCCAACUCUUCGUGCUUUAGAGUCGCUAUUACUUGCGGACAGGAAGCGACCACAAGUAAUGAAAGGGCGUUGCAGCAAUUUCUGGCGGGCCUGCCAAACGUGACAAAGAUUCCAGAAGUGGAUUAUCCCCCGCGCACUUACAAAUAUAAUCCUAGAACAUUCUUUGCUCUACCUUAUCAAGUGUCAUAUACGGCUGCAGUUCUUCCGACCGUCUCAUAUAUGCACCCUGAUGGCGCACCGCUCCAGAUUCUUUCGCAGCUGCUGACCCAUAAGCACUUACACCACGAGAUUCGUGAAAAGGGGGCGCCUAUGGCGGCGGUGCGUAUGCUCGAGGCCUGA